ACGGCCUGUGUGGCAUGGCUAGGUGUAAGCCGGGCUAAUCAGACAGCGUGCAUUGGAGAGCUCAGUACUGCUAACACUACAACCAGCAUGGCCGCGUCCAAUAGGCUGGUCCUGGGACCCCUGGUGGGGGCUAUAGAUCAAGGCACAUCAUCCACUCGCUUUCUGGUAUUCAAUGCAAAAACAGCAGAACUUCUUAGUCAUCAUCAAGUUGAGAUAAAACAGAAGUUCCCUAAAGAAGGGUGGGUGGAACAAGAUCCAAAGGAAAUUUUGCAGUCUGUUUAUGAAUGUGUAGAAAAGACAUGUGAGAAGCUAAAUGAGCUUACCAUUGAUAUCACCAAUAUUAAAGCAAUUGGAGUCAGUAAUCAAAGAGAAACCACAGUUGUGUGGGACAGGACGACAGGAGAGCCUUUAUACAAUGCUAUCGUCUGGCUUGACUUACGGACACAAUCAACUGUUGAGAGGCUGUUAAAGAGAAUUCCAGGAAAAAACAAGAACAUCUUUAAGAGCCGAACUGGUCUCCCCAUUAGCACCUAUUUCAGUGCCGUGAAAAUGCGGUGGUUGCUGGACAAUGUGGAAGAGAUUAGAGAGGCAGUCGCAGAAGGACGAGCAAUGUUUGGAACCGUAGACUCCUGGAUUAUUUGGAGUCUGACAGGAGGCAAGAAUGGAGGCGUUCACUGUACAGAUGUGACCAAUGCUAGUAGGACUAUGCUAUUCAACAUUUAUACUCUGGAAUGGGAUGCUGAACUCUGCCAGUUUUUUGAUAUACCUAUGGAUUUGCUUCCAAAAGUAAGGAGCUCUUCUGAGAUCUAUGGACUCAUGAAAAUCAAUGUAAGCCUGAAAUCUGGAGCAUUGACUGGAGUGCCAAUAUCCGGGUGUUUGGGGGACCAGUCUGCUGCAUUGGUUGGGCAAAUGUGUUUUCAGGUUGGACAAGCUAAAAAUACCUAUGGUACUGGCUGUUUCUUGCUGUGCAAUACUGGUUCAAAGCCCGUCAUGUCUGAACAUGGUCUUCUGACAACAGUUGGCUACAAGCUUGGUAGAGACCAACCCGCUUGUUAUGCACUUGAAGGAUCUGUUGCUAUAGCCGGGGCAGUUGUACGCUGGUUAAGAGACAACCUUGGCAUUGUGAAGUCAACAGAGGAAGUGGAAAAACUUGCUGCUGAAGUUGGUACAUCCUAUGGCUGCUACUUUGUUCCUGCAUUUUCAGGCUUAUAUGCACCUUACUGGGAGCCCAGUGCCAGAGGCAUCAUCUGUGGCCUUACCCAGUUUACAAACAGGAAUCAUAUUGCCUUCGCUGCUCUUGAAGCAGUUUGUUUCCAGACCAGAGAGAUUCUAGAUGCCAUGAAUAAAGACUGUGGCAUUCCUCUCAGCCAGCUGCAAGUUGAUGGGGGCAUGACCAAUAAUAAAAUUCUUAUGCAACUGCAAGCUGAUAUACUAUGCAUUCCAGUAGUGAAACCUUCUAUGCCUGAAACAACUGCACUAGGAGCUGCAAUGGCUGCAGGGGCAGCGGAAGGUGUUGGUGUUUGGAGCCUGAACCCCGGAGAUAUGACUGCUGUCACUUGCGAACGGUUUGAGCCACAAAUUAAUCCUGAGGAAAGUGAAUUUCGUUAUGCUCGAUGGAAAAAAGCUGUGAUGAAGUCAAUGGGCUGGGAGACCUCUGAGCCUUCCUCCAACGGAAAUGGUGACUGGAGUAUCUUCUCUAGUCUGCCUCUGGGGCUUUAUAUAGUGAGUAGCAUGGUAAUGUUAAUCGGCGCAAAGUACAUUGCAGGUGGGAAAUAGCUAUUCCAUUGUCUUCUCUUUCCUAUUGGUUAAUGGUUGUUUGGGGAUUCUUCGUUUGCCAGUAUGAAAAUGGGAUUUUGUGCUACUGAGUAAAAUUGCCAAACUUGAAACAUAGGACUAUAGGAAUCUAGUCCUCCAAUUACAGCUGCUAUAUCUGUGUUUGCAGUUAGAGGAACGUUCAACUUGUUUCUUAACGUUGUUAUGGACACAGUAUUGCAGCCAGUCACAGGAUAAUUCUAAAUCACUCUGUUGAUGAAAAUGUAGAGAAUUCUAACUGCAGUGAUUUUUCACUAGCUGUCUUAUGAGGAUUCAUUUGCACUUGAAGGUUCUUAAUCAAAUCCUCAGGGUCAUUGACCUUUUUGGACAUUAGACUAGGAAAAUAAUUGUACAGAUAUUUUUGAAGAUACUGUAAUAUUUUGAAUGUUAAUUUAAAUUAACUCGUUAGACUAAACUAAUUAUAAUUGGAAUUUAAGAAAUGGGAAAUCGGUGAUUUAUUCUUUUAAAUCAUUCAUUUUAAAUUUAUAUUGUGUUUUUUUUUAUGACAAAAGGUGGUAUGUGUGUGUCUAAGUGCUUGUAUGUAUAAUACAUUGUGUGUAUGUGUAUAUAAAUAAUAUGCAUACAUAUGUGCCCACAUUUUCUAACAUAUAAUUAGGCCAAAUGGAGUUAAGUGAUUAUUGCCAGGGUAGUAGCAGUUCCUAACAUUUUAGAUCAGUGGUUCCCAAACCAUCUCCACAACCCACCAACAGUCCAGGUUUUGUCAUUAUCUCCAUUGGAAUAAAAAAAGGGAAAUAAAUAAAUCCUUGAUUGUUGGUGGGACAAAGAGUACUGGUUUGAGAACCACCGUUUUAGAUAAUUUCAUAACCUGUACAUAGACAUCACAUACCAUUGUAUUUUAUUUACACACACUAAUUUUUGAAUGCCUUUAAAUUAAAUUGUUGAGCUUUAUGAUUUAAUUAUACACAUCAAAAUUCCUGAGCUCUGGAGAAAGGAGGACACUAAGGUGGCAAACAGGAACACUAGGAUAGAUAAGUAGGACAGAAGGAUGAUAUGUCCACCUACUCCCUAAAGGUAAACUUGGUAGUUAUACAUGCCUGAAUCAUACACAUGUUUAAUUGUACAAAUGUAUGAAGGGGGCAUAAUUUUAUUGCUUUUGUAAAAUGCAAUAAAAAUACCUUCAUAAUAUAAAUGUUACUGUUUUCUGCGCACAGGUGAUUUAAAAACAUUCACUCAGGUAUUUAUGGUAUUGUAUCUGAUCUGUGCUAAUGCACUUAGACACCACUAGUUUAACUAUAGAGCUGCAUUAGAGAUUCUAUGGUGGGGGUAUCACAAGUGCUCUUGGCACUUCCUUAGCAAAUGUCAAUGGUGGGAACUAGAGUUUAACGUGUUUAAGAUUCUUGUUUGUACAGCCUAUAGACUGUUGGGUCUUUUAUAAAUAAUAUAUUUCUUCAAAGUGUGUCUGCCCUCCUAUUAAUGUUGUUGAGUGGAUGUCACAAUGUUCUGGUUGCAUGUUUACCAUAAGGUACUAAAAAUAAUGAAAUGGUUUGGUCACACGAUUUUCUGUAAUGAAGGCAUACAUGACCAACACAAAGUAACGGUUUAAAGUAUUGUGGUUAGGGGCCUUGUUGUAUUGUUUUGGAGCUGUAUUCUAUGUGCUUACCAAGUGACACAGAAAAUGGUAAAGCCAGAGCUGUUGCUUGUUAAAAUAAAAUGGGUAAAGUAAGGUCUCGGACUAAGCUCUGAUCAGAGUUAUCUAAAGAAUUUACAAGUAGAGCAUGUCUGAAAAGAGGACGCACUGGAAUAUUUAUUAUAUGGAUAUGGAGAAAAGAGUGGAUGUAGUGCCCAUACAGAUUGUAAAUUGGAUGGACUGAAAUGAAGAUCUUUAUGGGCCCUUUCUAAAUCUCAAGUUUGGAGGACCCAACCCUCUUUGUAAUAAUACAGGUUGGAAAUCAUUACAGUGACACAAUUGUCUGUAUUGGCAUUUAAAAUAAGUUUGCUCUUAUAGCAUUGUUUAUGAUGACAGGCACCACUACAGACCAGGGUCCACUUCUGCAUCCAGUGCUGCAAGAAAGCUCAGGUACAGCAAUUCACCUUAUGGAGUAGGCUAAAGGUUAAUGAGGACUUGGUGACAGGCAGUACCUGCCUUCAAGAUCCUGUGCACUGUUAACGUUCAUCAGUCUCAUUCAAGCAUUUGCUGGUUCUUAGGACGACCUAGCCACAAAAUAAUUCUCUCAGAAACACAUCUUUACUUACCUGGGAAGCUGCUUUGAAAGAUGGCUGUCUUUAAAAAUAUUCUGCAACUAUUAUUUAUCUGUUAUGUCUUUUGGAUUAAUGGCAAUAAAUAUUUUUGUUAAA